CCGCUGGUAGAGAAAGGAAAGUCGAAGUGCAUCGCUUUAUUAACAUCAGUACUCUACCAUUUUUUCUGAAACGUGUGUUUUUAUGUAUAAAAAAGAUCUGCUUAAACCGCAAAUUUAUCGGUAAUAUCUGGCUCAACAGAUCCUACAACAGUUACAAUAGCUGCUUUACUCAAAGCUAUGAGAACUCGCUUGAAAUUUCAGUAAAAAUUUUGCCCCUGGCGCGACGUCUUGACAUCUUGCGUGAAUUUAGUGCAUAACAGAUCGUUUGGUUGAGGUUAGAAGCAGCGCGAGGAGCAUUCAUCCGCAUUUUGUUGUGCGUAGAAAAUUCGCUGUCAAAAGUUGGAAAACGCCAUCGACGUCUGUUACGUGCGGAGCGCAAAGGAAUUUUGUGUGCAUCUUCGACGAAAGUCCAGUUACAACACGAAAGAGCUAAUAAUUGCAACCAAUUGCGUAUAUUAGGACGCAAUGGCAUCGCCAUCGGAUCAAGCCGAAGUAUUGCGUGGUCGCGAUCUGGCCCGCAUAUUUCAGUUGUGGGAGGAACGGCACAGCAUUCCCGGCUACGACCCGGAACCGAUUGUCACGAGAUUGGCGGAAAUUUUCGAGGAAGAAACCGAAGUGUACAUGCGCAAAGAUCCGGAUCCUUUCGAUGAACGACAUCCCUCCCGAACGGACCCAAACAGUGAGCUGGGUCGCAUGCUAAAAACCUUAUUCCGCAAAGAUCACUUCAUGACCCGACUGGUAAACGAUUAUCUCCGAGAUAACUUUUUCACUCGACAAAAUGUUCAACAGUGCUCACAACCUCUGAACAUAGCGGCAUGUCGGCUGAUAUUGGUCAUUAUGCCGGGACUGGAAACUUCGGCAGUCUUUCAGGCUGAGUUCGAUCACUUGAUUACGAGGUUGUAUGGCUGGGCUGAAUCAAGCCCGGAACCGUUGCAAAGCUACGCCACGGGCCUUUUGGGAGCAGCGAUGGAGGUACAGGAAAUUGCCGUUAGUUUUCGUGAACAAAACAUUCGCCUAUUACCAAUAAUGUUGAGGAGGUUGCAUGUGUUGCAACUAGCGCAUAGGAACCGUGAUCGUCUAUUGGAGGCAGGUGAAGGAACAAGUAGCACUGCUUUCCAGAGGAUGUUCCAAGGGGAAGCAGCUGUUAUUAGUGCGAAAUCUACAGCUGGUGAUUCCAUGAUAGUGGAUAGAGCUGACGAUCACAUAUCUCGUCCUUUUGCUCAUUUAGGACCUUCAGAAGUGGACGGUGAAUUUGUAGUCACAAACGGUCCCAACCCGAUGUCAAAUUUGAAUGCUUUAUUUCAAAACGAAAAUAGUCAAAACACACAAGAUAAUGGUCAGAGCAAAUCGACACAUAGAAAUAUGAUUCCCAUUUAUCCGGCAACAAUUGCGACCAGCCAAAUGUUGAUCUUACGAUACUUGACACCGAUGGGAGAAUAUCAAGAGUUUUUGCCGCACGUUUUCGAGCAUAAUGCUAUGAGUUUGAUCUUCCGGUACAUAGAGAAUUUGGACGCAAAAGACACAUGUCUAGCUUUCGAGGCACUAAAGUAUUUGGCUUCGUUGCUAUGUCAUAAAAAGUUUUCACUAGAAUUUAUCGCCAAUGGCGGCCUGGAACGGUUGCUGAAAGUUCCUCGGCCCAGUUUAGCUGCCACUGGCGUAUCGAUUGCCUUUUACUAUCUGGCCUAUUGUGAGGAUGCUAUGGAACGGAUUUGUCUGAUGCCGCAGAAAAUUAUCACUGAGCUGGUUUCAUAUGCCUUGUGGCUGUUGGGAUGCUCUCAUGAUUCUGGUCGAUGUCACGCCACCAUGUUUUUUGGUCUCAGCUGUCAGUUUAAAACAAUGAUGGACGAGUUCGACAAGCAGGAUGGUCUUCGGAAGCUGUACAAUGUGAUUGCCGUUUUGCCGAUUCUUCUGCCAGCGGAUGACUAUAAUUUGAAUGAUGACGAAGAGUGUGCGGCUCGGCAAGUCGUUCGUCACGUGUGUGUUGCGUUGAAAAAAUACUUCGAAAAUCAUCUGUACUACAAGUACAGUCAGGUGACUCGACAGCAAUGUCCUACUGGAACUCUGGCACAACCAGUUUUUAAAUCGGUUAAAAAUUCACCAGAAGUUAUUAGUGAACAAAUCAAGACACUUCAAGAGCUACUCCCGAUGAAAGCUCCCUGGACACCGGUUGAUGAGUUUUUGACUCUGGGUGGUGUGAAUCUGUUGCUGCGCAUUAUCGCUUUAGCCUACGAAUGGAAUUACAGUGGACGUUCUUGCAGUGCCGAGACGGUGCGCGCCGCGUUGGACGUGCUGAAUGUGAGCUGCGUGAUUCCACGAGUCCAUGCUGUGUUCUGUGAGCGAAUAGAGUUUCCUGACGAAGGAUCGGCUGCUGGAAUCAACAUCGUGCUAGGAGCAGCGGAAGGUGAAAUUGUAGCUGAUGCUGAAGUUCAAAAAUCCGCCCUGGCGGUGCUGGUAAAUACGGUCUGUGCUCCGAUUCAUCGGCCCAGUGGUUCACUGGCUAGGUUUGGCUCUGCGAAGAAAAGGAUGCCGAAUAAAAAUUCAGAAGAACUUUUGCAAAAAGUGUGGGAAAGUGUGCGUUCCAACAAUGGAAUCAUAGUUCUACUGUCAUUGAUGUGUGUGAAAACGCCGAUAACCGAUGCAGAUUGUAUACGGGGAAUGGCAUGUCGAGCGCUGGCUGGUCUGGCGAGAUCAGAGACAGUGCAGCAAAUUAUCGGAAAACUACCACUGUUUGUAAAUGGGCAACUGCAAAGUCUAAUGCGCGAUCCUAUUCUACAGGAAAAACGUGCGGAACACGUGCAAUUCCAGAAGUAUGCCUUGGAGCUGAUGGAACGUGUUUCCGGUAAAGCUAAAACGUUCAACAAUCAGCUUGACACUUCGCUAGCGGAUAUUCACAAGGCGAAUGUGGUAGCCCAGACCAAAAUACAAUUCAAUGAGCAACAACUAUUUCAGUUAAUCUAUCAACAUCUUGUGGCACGAGGCUUAACAGAAACUGCCGCUUCACUAGUGAAAGAAGCUAACAUUACAAUACCCACCACACUGCAGCAGCAGAAUGCGCAGGUGACAAACAUUGGUCGAAACUUACAUCACUCGCCAUUCACUUUCCGGUCACCUAACGCAAGUAUGAUACAACGGGCACGGAUACGUAGUAAAACAACGGAAGCCGUUUUCAAUCACUCAACUGCUCAGGCAAAUUUACAAGCUGCACUAGCAGCGGCUAGUUCCGAAGGAAACGGCUUGAACAAUGCUAAUGGAGAUCCUCACCAGGCGCGUCAAACUGAUUUGUUGGGCAGUGCUGGCACUGCGGCGGUGACAGCCCUGGAACCAAACCCCAUGGAACCGUUUACACCGAUAAAAUUGAUUAAAAAGACAAACAUAGCUAGCGUCAGUGCUGGAGGGCCCGUCGGAGGUAGCUCUUCCCACGGUAACAGCAACAAUCUAAACACUCCUUUUUCCUCAUUGUCUAGUAAUAGUCAGCAGCGAUCGCUGCAGAAGCAAAUAUCGGCCACCAUCGAUACCGCGUCGUUUCUCGUUCCCGCUUCGACGUCUUCCAAAACAACUGCACAGGAUCCAGUUGGCUGUACGGUAACGCUGGACACUAUCAUUACCGAGUACCUCACCAAUCAACACGCGUUGUGCAAGCACCCGAUGUCAACCUGUCCGCAGUUCGAUCUGUUCGUCCCACACAAGUGCCCAGAUCCCCGACCGAAUCGGGCCUCUGGAAUGAGCAUGAACUUUGCGGCACGGUUCUUCAAAAGACAUGCUGGCUUUUCGUCUCGGCGGUUUGACCGGAGAUUGGUCCAUUCAAAUUUCUCCGCCUCACGAGUGCUGCGGCCGCAGGAUUCGGACUUCUUCUUUACGUGUUGUGAUUUUACGCCAUGCGCCACGAAGCUAAUCACGGGUUCGCACAGUGGAGAAGUGAAAAUCUUUAAUCUGAGCGAUAGCAACGAGGAAUUCAGCUAUUCGUGCCACGAAUCCUAUCUGAAUUCUAUCAAGUGCAGUAAGGACGGUCGGCUACUGUUGACAUCUUGUGCCUGGCGCUCGCCGAUGUCCGUGUUGUGGAACAUCGAAAACAAUCGCUUCUCGCACAAGCUGCAAUGGGACGAGGAAGAGUACUUGGAGUUCCCCAAUAUCAUGCAGGACAAAGUGCUAGCAACGACAGGAGAGGUGGCGACAAUUUAUGAUAUUAACACGGGGCAAAAGAUUCUAUCACUGGUGCCGAAUAUCUAUAAUCAGUAUUCGAAGAAUCGUGCCACAUUCUGUCCGACGGACGAACUUAUCUUGUCUGAUGGUGUACUGUGGGAUGUCUCGUCCGGUAAGGAGAUUCAUAAGUUCGAUAAGCUGAACCAAACCAUAUCUGGGGUUUUCCAUCCCAAUGGGUUGGAAAUCGUUUCCAACACCGAGGUGUGGGACCUGCGUACAUUCCACCUUCUGCGAACGGUUCCAGCGUUGGAUCAGUGCUACGUCAAAUUUUCUCCUCAGAAUGUGAUAUAUGGUAUCUGUCCGGAACUGGAGACGGAACCGAACUCGGACAAUGUGUUUUUCGAAUCCAGCUUCAAGGUACUAGACGGAUACGAUUAUUCGAGCAUUUCGACGGUAGAUGUUAAGCGAAACAUAUACGAUUUGGCUAUCAAUCUCUACGGUAGCCAGAUUGCGAUUGUCGAAAACCAGGGCGGUUACAACUCGGUACAGGAAUCAGUGGUACGGAUCUACAGUGUGGGCCGCAAAAAGAAUACCGAAGACGAUGCCGAAGAGGAGGAAGAGGAGAUGGAAAACUCCGAGGACAAUUCCAUGUCGGAGACGGAGUCAGUCGUAUUUCACGGCGCUCGCGGAGAAAACGGUGGUCAGCGUCGUCGGCGGAGACGGGGAAUGCGUAUCAAUGUACUCGAUGAUGAAGAUGAUAUUUUCCAACCAGGUUCCUCCUCGUCCAGUGAGGACGACGACGAUGACGACGAUAACGACGACGACGAUGACGGUGCCGGGGACGGUGGUGACGAUGAUAAUGACGAUGCUGAAGAUGACGAUGGUGGCAACAAUAACGACGAUGACGUGGAUGAGGAAGACGCUUCUUCCUGGACUACAACCUCCGAUCUGGAGGAUUUCUUGUUGUUAUAGAGGAGUUGAAAGUGCUCGAGGCAUAAAGUACUGAGAUCAAUUGAUACGUGGGUCAGAAGGCGCACCAUCAUCUAGCAGCCAACAGAAAAGUGAGUUAUAUUUUUUUAAAGCUUUGGUACUGCAUUUAUCUAUCUAGCGUCUGUACGUUGUCACCAAGUCUGGAACAGCAGGCAUCCAUUCUUUCCAGUAGCUGGAAGGAACAGCCCGGAACCACAACAUGUCAGGAUAUGCUUGAGCGAAAUUGCACAUAUUUGUAUCUAAUAUUGCCAAAAAAUCUUCUAAAGCCAAGCUAACAUGAUAGGCAGAUAUAUUAAUUGUUACGAAAUUACAAUUGUUUAGGUAUAAAACAGCAGCAAAUUAUUUCUAUUUUGCUACUUUGUUUUGCCGCGAUUAUACCGCUCGGCUGUUUUACUGAAUUGUUUGUUUCAUAUCUCUUUUCUUAAUGCCGACAUUAUUUUCAACCGUCAGGGUUCCUUUUUUCCGAGCGGCACCAGGGGUAUAGUCCAUAUAAAUUAUAUGUGUGUUGAAAGAAGUUUCUUGUACAUUUACAAUAAUUUUAAACUGAAAAAUAAAAAGAUAUUUGAAUAA